UCCAUCGGGGCGGCGGGCGCGGGGUUGUCAUGAGGCGGGGCUGAGGCCGGGCCGAGGCCGGAGCGCGAGCGGUACCGGGACGGACACCGAGCCCGGCGGGCCCGGCCGCCGCGCCAUGCGAGCGGGCUGAGCGGCGGGCAGGGCCGGGGCAGGCACCGAGCGGCCCCGCGAGCGCCGGGGGCGCGUCUCCGGAUUGAAGGUGCUGGUGUCUUGCCCUGCUUGGAGCCUGAGGUCCCACGUGCCCAUCCGCCUUCCUGACGUCACCAAUGCGACCAUGGGAACUGGCAGUGAAUAGGCGGCCACCCUCUGCCCCUUUUAACCAGCACCGUUUCUCGGGGGGACCCUGCAGCAGCCCCGACCACCUCCGGCGAAGCCCCCCUGCCAGGCGUCAGUGGGGACGACGCGACCGACCUCUGGCAACCCUGCUGGGCCAGGAUGAGCCCCAGCUGCACCCUGCCUUCCCCCAGCAGCCGCACAUCCCUGUAGAUGAGCCCCGUGCCUACGCUCUCCCCAGCACGCCGCCACGAAUGCUUCACCCAGCCGCUCACCCGCCCCACCAGAACCCAUUCAUGGUGGAUCUGCAUGACCAGGUGCACCAGGGACCUGUCCCUCUCUCCUACACGGUUACCACCGUCACAACGCAAGGCUUCCCCAUCCACGCAGGCCAGCACAUCCCUGGGUGCAGCACCCAGCAGCUCCCAGCAUGCUCAGUGAUGUUCAGUGGACAGCACUACCCGCUUUGCUGCCUCCCACCUCCGCUGAUCCAGGCAUGUGCCAUGCAACAGCUCCCCGUCUCCUACCAGACGUUCCCCCCCAUCAUCUCCAGCGACCAUUACAUCCUGCACCCCCCACCACCGCCAGUGCCCCCCCACCAGCCGCCCCACAUGGCCCCCCUGGGGCAGUUUGUACCUCUCCAAGCCCAGCACCCGCGCAUGCCUCUGCAGAGGAUAGACAAUGAUGUGGACCUGCGAGGGGAGCAGCACCCCAUCGCGGGUUUCACGUACCCCCCGUCCCACCAUGCUCCCACACUGUCCCCCUCCGUGCCGCUGCAUUACCUCCCCCAUGACCCGCUGCACCAAGAACUGCCAUUUGGCGUGCCAUACCCCCACAUGAUGCCCCGGCGGCUGAACACUCAGCGGUACCGGCUGCAGCAGGCGCUGCCCCCUCCGCCGCCCCCUCCGCCGCCCCCCCCAUACUACCCGAGCUUCCUGCCCUAUUUCCUCUCUAUGCUUCCUGUGUCGCCGACGGCUGUGGGGCCCACAAUCAGCCUAGACCUGGACGUGGAUGAUGUGGAGAUGGAGAAUUAUGAGGCGCUGCUGAACCUGGCCGAGCGGCUGGGGGAGGCCAAGCCGCGGGGACUCACCAAAGCAGACAUCGAGCACCUCCCGUCCUACCGCUUCAACCCCGAGAGCCACCAGUCUGAGCAGACCCUGUGCGUCGUGUGCUUCAGCGACUUCGAGGCCCGGCAGCUUCUCCGUGUCCUGCCCUGCAACCACGAGUUCCACGCCAAGUGUGUCGACAAAUGGUUAAAGGCGAACCGCACGUGCCCCAUCUGCCGGGCAGACGCGUCGGAGGUGCAGCGGGAGGCAGACUGAGGCUGGCGGGCGCUGUGCCGCACAAUUCACUAGAGGAUGAGGACGCCGGGCCAGGGGCGGGGGCCGCUGCCCGCUGCUAGGGCCUGGCCCAGCGCUUACCCCCCCUCCCCAAAGCCUCUCCUCGGAUGUGGUGAGCGUUGAGCAGUCCGGGCUCCCGGCCAGCCCUCCUCCUCCCCACUGGGGCACGGACUUGGCCAGACGCCUGCCCACUGCGCUCCCAGGGCCCCGAAUCGUGUUGUGCUGGAGGCAGGAGGCACGUGGCCGUGCCCUCCAUGCUCCAAAGACGCUGUUGUUGCUCCAUCACUUUCCAGGUCUUUGUACUCCGCUAGGGAAUUAGUGUUUUCUCCCUUUGUCACUUUUUUUUCAUGGAAGGGUUUUUUUUCCCUGUUCCCUUUCAUUUUCUGUCACGUUUUUGGUUCUGUGGCCGAUUGACCCAGUGGCAUGCAGGUGGCUCUUCCCCUCGGCGUUGCUCGUGGAGGACGUGGGGAAGAGAGAGGAGGGAGCGCCGCAGGUUUGAUGCCGGCGGCAUCCUGAGCCAGAGCGCUGGGCCGGCCCUGGAGGCAGCCAGAGGAGGUGGUUGGCGGAGCACGGCCAAGGUGGGACACCAGCAACCCUGCAGCAUGGCUGGGGCAGGAACGCCUCCAUCCCCACUCCUGCAUGCAGCCUGGCGCGGCCCCUCUCCCGCCUUGGCUGCUCUGGGGAGCCCUGGAGGGUUAUGGCUGCUUGGGGUCUUUCCCCAGUGGGAGGACAGUGCUGGCACGGCCCUGGCCCCUCUCCCCAUUCAUUCUCCUGUGCCCGGCCGGUGCAGCUCCUGGGGCCGGGCCAUGUGGCAUCCCAUGAGGCAGCCAGGCCUGGGGGGGGACCCCAGCCCUGUCCCCAUGGCCACAGGUGUGCGGUGUCCCCAGUGCACUGCCCAGCCCUGCUGUCGUUUCUCUGUCCCGCCGCCAUAAAUCAAAGUAGCCCCAUGUCCCCGUCCUGCUGGCUGGACGGCGCGGGGUGGUGCCCCCGGCCGGUGGGCAGCAGGGGGCCGGCCAGGCUCUGGCGGGUGCCCCCAGCCCCUGCAGCGGGCGGGGGUUUUAUCCAUAACCUCGUGGUGUGUUUUCAGUGCUACCCCCAGCCCUGCCCCAGUUGGUGCAGGAGGAGCCGUGAGCAGCACCCCCACCCCCCGCCGUAUCUCCCCCUGCCCAUGUGGGGCCAGGUGGGUGGGCGCCCUGUUGGCCACACUGCCGCCCAGCUCUAGCAAUCCCGCGUGGCCGUUGUUUUGCAUGAUUAAUUAGCGAGGAGGGUGACGGGAGGCAGUGGCGGGAGGGUGGUGGUGACAGGACCGCCCUCCCCUCGCGGCACUGUGCUGCUGACGCCUGGGAGCCUCCAAGCGGACGCCAGCCCUAUGUAAAUGUUCACAAAUAUGCAUGCAUGUCUGACCAGCUUGGAACGUGGUCUUGGCUACGUCUAGCCGGCUGUGGGGUGAGGGGGGUGGGGAGAGGGGUUUUUGUGCUCAGCUGAUACUGCCAUGCACUGUACUGCACAUGUCCGCAACGCCACAGCAGGACCGUGAGACUUUCAGGGCCGUCCCCGCGGGGUCUGCACCCCUCCGAGCGGGAGGCGGCGGACGGGGUGGGGGGGGGGUGCCCACGGCGGAAGCGGUGUGUGCAAGGGGACGGGGUGGGAGGGUUGGGGGGGGGGGGGCCGCUCCCCGCGGGGCGGGGGGCAGGUGGCAGGGCUGGCCCCUGGUAGCAGCCCUGGCCCCCUGCAGUGGUCCUGGCCGCAGUGCUGGGGCUGGGUGUGAGGCAAGGGGCUGCACCUGGCAGGUGGGUGGGCGGGAGGAUGCUUCCCGCCCUGCCAUGCCAUCGGUCCAGAGGGGUGGUGCCAAUCACCAGGCUGCUGAGGUAGGCCCACUCCCGAUUGGCAGAGGGAUGUGCCUGGUCUUUGCAACGCGGCAGGCCUCUCCCAGCACACCGCUGGGCCAGCCCUGAUCACCCAGCCAGUCGGGUGCCGGGGUGGGGGUGGGGGGCAGCAAGCGACACGUUGCUAUUGGCUGGCUCCCCCUUGCUUCCCUUUCCCACCCUCUCCGUGGCCACCCGCCAUGCCAAAUGUCGAGGCCGGGGCCCCGGCCCAGCGCCACCAGCUCCGCUGCGGCGCGGGCGCUGGCACUGCUGGGCUCGGUGCCCCUUGGGCAGGACCCUGGCCCCCUCCCCAUCCCUUGCUCAGUGACAGAUAACCAAAGGAGUCCCCGUGCCGCGCGGCGGCCUCGCGCCCCCGGAGACGCCCCCCUCCUCCCCUCCCGCCCUCGUGGUGCCCAGGGAGCCAGGAAAGCCUUACGGUCCUUUGACGGCGACUCGAAAGCUCACAGCUCGUGUGCUGCAGAAUUUAUUCCAAUGAGCAGCUAAAAGUAUCAUUUAAAAAAAAAACCAACAAAACAAACAAACAAAAAAAAAACACAAAAAGAAAAAAAUUUAAAAAAAUACUAAAAAACUAUUUAGGGUGUUUGUGAUUGCUGACUGCGCUGUAGAUACCACUGUUUACCAAUGAUUUCCUGUGGUGGGAUAGUGGACUGUUUACUGUUCUAUUAUACCAGUCCCCGGGCCCUCCGGUGGGACCCCCGCGGCCCCCGCGGCUCCCCGGAAGGUGCUAGGACGUGUGUUCUGUGUUAGAAAGUUUUUAUAUAUAUAUAUAUAUAUAUAAAUAUAUAUAUAUAAUUUUUUUUGCUCUGUUACUUGCACAUUUUACAGUUACCUCAUUUUUCCCAUGUAUGUAUUUGAAAAAAGGCUAAUAUAUAGAAAAAAAAGGUUCUUAAAAGCUCUAAAAGUGUUUGUUUUUUUUCCAUUCCAUUGGAAUCAUAUUGGUUUUGUAGCAUUUAACAUAACUAGUAUGUUGUAUUAUAUAUAUGUGUAUUAUACUGAUUGAAAUUUUUAACAGAUUUGUACUUUUUUUAAAAUGAAAGUUGCUAGUUCUGCUUGACCAAGUAGUGCAAUCAUUAUUUUUUUUAAUGUUGUGGCUGAUUUUGAGAGGGAUAUUCACUAAUAAAUGUAUGAUGUAUACCAAGA